AAAGCGGAAGUCAUAUAUCAGUAUCAUGUGACAUAUUCCACACACACAUAAACAAUGGCGGACGUAGAAACACCCCCACUAGAGGCAUCGCAGACGACGUCAAAUUCUGCGACGAUGCCUGCUGAUGGGGGCAAACCCUGGGAGAGACCGUGGACUGUAGAGGAGAUGAGAAAGGAUGCAAACAAUUGGUCACUGUCUGGGGAUGCAGGGUUGCUAUUGUACUUGAAAGAUUUUUCCCAAAAGAUGAUUUCCCGUGUUCACGAAAUAGAGAAAGAAGUGGAUGGAUUGAUGCAUGAUUCAAAGAUGACUGGUGUUAGAGCUAACAAUGUCUUCAAUGACUUCAUCAUGCUGGCCAAUACUCAAUUUGUGGAAAAUAGGGUCUAUGAUGAAGAUGUCAGCCAGGAUGACACAGCAAAAGCCGGAGAAGAAAAUGAUGAAAAAGAGAAAACACGGGAACAGCGAGAGUCAGAGCUGAUUCCGAAGGUGAAAGAGGCCUUAGAGUUAGGCAUCAAUGUCAUUGAUCAAGCUUUUGAACAACUGGACAGCCAUGUGGCAGAUUCAGACUCAGAGGAAGAGGAAACGGGAUACAGGGCUGACCCGCUGCUGGAAGCUAAGGAUCCCUACUUUAGCCGGCUUCUCCCCUUGUUGAUUGGAACUCCCAGAUUCAUGGAGGAUGACUCAGUUGGUCUGGCAGAAGAGGAAUCAGAAGAAGAGGAGAGUGACCAGGGCAGUCUGAGCGAGAGUGAAUCCGAGAAAGAGGAAGAGGAUGAUAAAGGACAACUGGAGUCCUCGGAGGAGGAUUCUGAGUCGGAGGGCAGUGAUUUGUUUGGUGAGGAGGAUGAAAAAGAAAGUGGGUCAGAGAGUAGUGAAGAGGAACAGGAGGAGGUACCUGCCCCGAAAAAAUCUGCAGCUCCUCUUGAUUUUGCCUCCGAGUUAGCUAAGAAACUUGGACCUCCAGGGCCAGCACCAGCCCAGGAGAGUGAUGAGGGAGAACCAGUCAUUGAGGAAACCAAGGAAACCAAACGUAAAGAAAAGAAAAAGCGAGAGAAGAAAGAAUCAACCAGUAGCUCCAAAACAAAAACAAAGAAAAAAGAGAAAAUUGAGGACGAGCCGUUUCCUGCAGAUGAUGAGGAUGAUUCUCCAUUUGGAAAUAAAGGUGGACUUUUCUCAGGGACCAGUAAAGGGCUUUUUGAUGACAGUGAAGAGGAUGAGGGAGAUUUGUUUUCUGAGAAUGUCCCAGAAAAAAAGUCCUCCAAGAAAAUCACAGAGUCAGACAAAGAGGAAGAAGGUAGGAUAAUCACACAGUCAGACAAUGAAGAAGGUAAGAUAAUCACACAGUCAGACAAUGAAGAAGAAGAAGGUAGGAUAAUCAGACAGUCAGACAAUGAAGAAGAAGGUAGGAUAAUCACACAGUCAGACAAUGAAGAAGAAAAUCCCAAGGAAAAAAAGAGAAAAGGUAGCGGCAGGAAGCCGAAAGGUGGAGUGCCCAUGUUUGGAGAAGAUGAUGAAGGUGGUGAUAUGUUCAGUGAGAAGGCGGCAGAAAAGAAGAAGCCGUCCUCAUCAGCGCCUUCAGUAGGAGGAGGUCUGUUUGAUAAUGAAGAUGAGGAGGAGGAUCUGUUUUCUUCAGUUGCACCUAAAACAACUAAAGAAAAACCCAAGAAAAAGGAAACUGGUGGUGGAUUGUUUGAGGAGGAGGAGGAGGAUUUGUUUGCUGAAGUGAAAAAAGAGGAACCAGAGAAAGAGGAGAUAACUCCUCCACCCAAACAGGAAAAUAAAAAGAAACUUCCCCCUGGAGCAGUGCCAAUGUUUGGAGGAGGUGGAGGAAACCCACUGGCUGCUGCGAUCAAGAAACAGAGAAAACAAGACUCGGAUGAGGAAGAUAAUGAGUGGUCAGAUGAGGAAAAACCAAGGUCUGCUAGUGUCAAAUCCAAUCAGUCGGUGACGUCCAUUAAUUCUGCAUCCAGGUCCGCAGCCAUCAGCAAGACCAGCAAGCCUAGCCCCAGUCCGUCCAGCAACAGUUUGUUUGAUGAUGAUGAUGAUAAUACUGCUUUGUUUGCAGCCCCAGCCAAACCUAGGGCUGACAGUAAGUCGAAGACUAAACCUACAAAGUCCUUGUUUGAUGAUGAUGAUGGUGAUUUGUUUUCUUCCAAACCGUCAAGUAAACCAGCAGAAAAGAAAGUUCAGAAAUCUGGUGCUUUGUUUGAUGAGGAAGAAGAUGAUGGUUUAUUUGCUAAACCAAAGGACAGUGGAAAAAAGAAACCCGUAGGAGGGGUAUCAUUAUUUGGAGGUGAUGUCCUGCCCAAGAAAUCCACUGAUAAGGUGCCUGAAAAGAAGACGGAAACACCGAAAACCAGCAGACCUGCAAAACAGACCCUGUCUCUGUUUGAUGAUGAUGAAGAAGAGGAGGAGGGGGAUUUAUUUGGAGCUCCUACAGCUAAGCCAGCUACUGCGAAGCCCUCCAGUGCGAGCAAGACAAAAGGUUUGUUUGAUGAUGAGAGUGGCAUGUUUGAUGGGGAUGAAUCACCAAGUGUGGACAUAUUUAAUCAACCCAAGAUGGCACCAAAACUAAGCAAAGAUUUGUCUGCCCCUGUUCCCAAGGCUCCAUCCUCAAAAGAUGAUCUGUUCGAUGAGGACGACGAGGAUCUCUUCAGUACCGCCAAGGCAGCUGGUGCUGUAGAUGUCGGUGGAGUAACCACGGAAGAGUCCACCGAUGCCCCAGAUAAGGUACUCCCUGAAGAAAAGGAGGAAACCAAACCCAGAAAACCAGUGGGAGGCGUGUCCAUGUUUGGAGGAAUGGAUCCAAUGGCUGCCCUCAAAAACAAAGGCAAGAAGGCAAAUGAGGUCAAGGAUGUGACCCCACCACCAAAAGAAGUUGUGGAUUCUGAAGAUGAGGAUAUGUCUGGGAGGCCAGAACCUCCACCACUGGAUGUGCCUAAGACAGAAAAAAAAUCUAAACCUGUAGAUCCUUUGUUUGGUGAAGAGGAGGAGGAGGAAGAAGAUUUGUUUAACACAUCUCAGAAGGUACUCCCUGAAGAAAAGGAGGAAACCAAACCCAGAAAACCAGUGGGAGGCGUGUCCAUGUUUGGAGGAAUGGAUCCAAUGGCUGCCCUCAAAAACAAAGGCAAGAAGGCAAAUGAGGUCAAGGAUGUGACCCCAACACCAAAAGAGGUCAGAGAAGCUGAAGAUGAAAGUAGAGCAGAGCCUGCACCUAUGGCUUCACCCAAACUUAACAGAAAACCCAAAGCAGUGGAUGCAUUAUUUGGAGAAGAUGGAGAUGAUGACAUGUUCAAGGUAUCCUCUAAAAAGAGCUUCAGCACAACUCAUCCUUCAAAACCCUUCACCUCACCCAAACCUGUCAUUCCUUCAAAACCCAAGAAUUCCAAACCUGAGACUUCCAAGAAAUCUGAUUUAUUUGGAUCCCCCAACUCAGAUGAAGAUGACCUAUUUUCGUCAGCCUCCAAGCCUUCCAAAAGAGAACCCCCGAUUUCAUCAGUGAGCUCCUCCCCUCGUAAGCCAGUAGAACCCCCGAUUUCAUCAGUGAGCUCCUCCCCUCGUAAGCCAGUAGGUGGAGUUUCCAUGUUUGGCGGGGCGGAUCCAUUCGGAGUGGCAAAAAAAUCAGAACUAUCACCAGAUUCUGCUUCAACAGGAGGAGAUGGAGAUAAGAAACCUGAACCCACUUCCCCUGUUCCUGUUGGAAAAAUGCCCGGUAAAAUUGGCAAGCUGCAGAUGAACCUUGGAAUAAAUCCUGCGGCCUUGUUACCUGGAGCAGCACCACCCGUUAAGGAGCCGGAGGUGGUGGCAGUAGGAUUUGAUACUCCUGCUCAAGUUAACACCCUCCAGAGUGCCAACAAAAAUCGUGCCAAAAUUCAGGCCAAGAGACGACCUCCAAGUCGCAAAGGUCGAUCAGGAGGAGGAUUGUCAGCUGUCACUCCUGAGGAAGACUCCUCCCCUUCAACAGCACCGCCCCCUACAGAGAAGACACCUGCAGUUGAAAGUCGGGUACCUCAGCCCACAUCUGAUUUAUUUGGCAAUGAUGAUUUACUUGGGGAGGUUGACACAGGGAAUGAUUUCAUGGGUCCCCCUCCUGUGCCUGAUAACUAUGAGGAGGAGACUGAAAAUUUAUUUUCAUCAAGUAGGAAAAAGAACAACAUAAUGUCAGAUGAUGACUUGUUUAAUCCUGUGAUUUCCUCAACUUCCAAACCAGAACGUGUGCUGAAUUCAGCGAGUGAUGAUGAGGACAUUUUUGGUUCCAGUUCUGUUAAAAAUUCCUCGAAAUUUGUCAGCAAAAAGAAGGCAGACAGCAAAAAUGUUGGUGCAAUAGUGAAUGGAGGUGAUGACGUGUUGUCAGACAAAUCCCAGACUUCCAAAGUAGUUAUAGAAGAAGAGGAGGACUUGUUCGCUGUGAAACCCAAGUCAAAGAAACAGACUGAUUUUGAGAAGUUACUGGAUGACAAACCCGAGGCAGCUAAAGCUGAACCUUCCAUAGCAGUUGAUGGCGAUUUAUUUACUGAUUCAUCCAUGAACAAGAAAGCAGCAAGCAAUCCCAGUAAGACCGCGGCAGGAGAUGAGGAUAUUUUUGCUGAUUCUUCAGUGAACAAGAGCUCCUCAUCAGCAACAAAAGCAGACGAAAAGAAGAAAGACGAGGAUGAUGAUUUAUUUGGUAAACCAUCUCAAAAAAGCAAAAAACCUAGCAAAGUGAAGCCCAAGACCAAAGAUGAGGAUUUGUUUAAAGAUGAAACUGACAUAUUCGCUGAUGUCCCAGCAGCUAAACCACGGGAGAAAAAGAAGAAGAAAACUACGGAAAAAAAGAGCCUAUUUAAGGAUGAUAAUGAUGAUAUUUUUGCUACCACGCCUAGCAAACCAAAGGUGAAGAAGGAGAAGAAGGCAGAGGUACCCAAAAAGGCUACUACAGAUGUCACGGAUAUAUUUGAUGACCCAUUAAGUUGACAUCCUGUAGACUAAUACACACAAAAUGCUUUUACAAUAUGUCAUUUAAAUUAUGAACGGUGCUACCUGUAAUCAUCUUGGGCAGUAUUGCUAUCAUUUGUUGUAUAUGUAUACAUUUUAUGUUACAAAGUAAACUGUUGAGGCAGUCUUGUUGAAAUAUGAAGAUGAUAUGGUUGUUGACUUUUAUAGGUGUUGUACAACUAAAGGUUAAGUUUUCAAAAUAUAUUCAUUAAAAUUGCUGUAUUUUAAAUCUA